AGAGCAAAAGAAGGAGGUGAGGAAGACGGAGUCAGGAUGAUCUGCAGGAUGCAGACAGCUCCAUACAGAGCUACAUGGGUUUGCUCUGGCUUCUUUCGUUCCUGCAUUCUUCCUUGUUUGGAGAUGAAACCUUUGAGGAGCUGAGGAUGGCGAGCUCCGUGGCAUCUUAUGACCAGCUUGUGCGGCAGGUGGAGGCACUGAAGAAGGAGAACACUCACCUGCGGAGGGAGUUGGAGGACAACUCCAACCACCUGUCGAAGUUGGAGAAUGAGACCUUGGACAUGAAGGAAGUGCUGAAGAACAUGCAGGGCAAGCUGGAACAGGAAGCAAAGGUGCUGGUUUCCUCAGGAAGAACUGAUCUCCUAGAGCAGCUGAAGGCACUUCAUGUGGAUGUGACCACACUAUAUGACCUCAAGUAUCAUUCUCCACCUUCUCUUGGACCUGUACAUGAUGGAGCUGGACCUGGUCCAACAGCAGAAAGUAGCCCAAAACAUCUUCCUAGUGCCCAAAAGAAGGAUAUAACAAAUGAUGAAAAAGAAGCAAUGAAGCAUUUCAGUGAGCUAGAAAGAGAAAGGUGCUUGCUCCUGCGUGAGAUUGACAAGGAGGAAAAGGAAAAGCUGUGGUACUAUACUCAACUUCAGGGCCUUUCGAAGAGAAUGGAUGAACUCCCUCACAUUGAAACAUUCUCCAUGCAGGUAGAGUGGAUUCGGCAACAGCUAGAGUUUGAGGCACAUCAGAUCCGUUCACUAAUGGAAGAACGAUUUGGGACAAGUGAUGAGAUGGUACAGAGAGCACAGAUAAGAGCAUCUCGGCUGGAGAAAAUUGAGAAGGAGCUCAUAGAAAACCAAAACAAGGUGCAGCCAACAGAUCUGCAGGACUAUGAAAAAACAACGAAUCAGGAGGAAGACAUUUCUGCAGUAAAUCCUUCACAGUCUGAAGAAGGAAAUAACCUUGGAAAUAAAGUUGAAAUGGUUUUCUGGCUGCUUUCCAUGCUUGCAACCCGUGACAAGGAUGAUAUGUCACGGACCCUUCUUGCCAUGUCCUGCUCCCAGGAGAGUUGCCUUGCCAUGCGGAAGUCCGGCUGCGUUCCAGUUCUUGUACAGCUCCUCCAUGACAUCGAUCGAGAUGGUGAAGGGACUGAGAAAGCCUCGUCUGCCUCUGCUGGAGGAAGCAGUAGCAGCAAAGAAUCCCGUGCCAGGGCCAGUGCAGCGCUCCACAACAUCAUCUUCUCACAGGCAGAGGAAGGACAGGCAAAGAGAGAAAUGCGGGUGUUGCAUUUACUUGAACAAGUUCGCUCCUACAGUCAGGCCUCCUGGGAUUGGCUAGAGAUGCAGAAGAAAGAAGAAAGCACCCCAGAAAUGAAUGGCAUAGUUUUGCCGCUGGAGCCUCAGAUUUGCCAGGCUAUGUGUGCUGUCAUGAAGCUCUCAUUUGAUGAAGAAUACCGGCGUGCCAUGAAUGAGCUGGGUUGCUUGCAGACUGUUGCUGAUCUCCUGGUGGUGGAUCACAAAGUGUAUGGAAUGACCAAUGACCCUAUCAACCUGGCUCUGAGGAGAUACACAGGAAUGGUCCUUACAAACCUGACAUUUGGUGAUGUUGUCAAUAAGGCCUGUUUGUGCUCCAAAAAGGGAUGUAUGCAGGCAAUAGUGUCACAUCUGGCCUUGGACAAUGAAGAGUUACAGCAGGUUAUUGCCAGUAUUUUAAGAAAUCUGUCCUGGAGGGCUGACAUUAACAGCAAGAAGAUAUUACGGGAAGUUGGAAGUGUGUCAGCAUUAAUGCAGAGUGCUCUAAGUGCCACAAAGGAGUCAACCCUGAAAAGUUUACUGAGUGCCCUGUGGAAUCUGUCAGCUCACAGCACUGAGAACAAAGUGUCCAUCUGCUCUGUGGAAGGAGCCCUGCCAUUUCUGGUGAGCACACUGACAUACAAGUGCCAGAGCAACUCAUUGGCCAUCAUCGAGAGUGGUGGAGGCAUUCUGCGGAAUAUUUCUAGCUUAAUUGCCACACGGGAAGAUUACAGACAAAUUCUGCGGGAUCAUAACUGCUUACAGACCUUGUUGCAGCACCUUAAAUCACAUAGCCUGACUAUCGUCAGCAAUGCCUGUGGAACUUUGUGGAACCUUUCUGCUCGUAGCCCCAAGGAUCAGGAAUUGCUCUGGGACAUGGGAGCAGUUAGCAUGCUCAGAAACCUCAUCCACUCCAAGCACAAGAUGAUAGCCAUGGGAAGUGCUGCAGCCCUAAAGAACUUGCUGACAAAUCGGCCCUUAAAAUACAAAGAUGCAGCUGUGACAUCCCCUGGCUCUUGCAUGCCUUCUUUGUACAUGAGAAAACAGAAAGCCCUGGAGGCAGAGUUAGAUGCAAAGCACCUUGCAGAGACCUUUGAUGGCAUUGAGAAACAAAGUACUAAGAAUAUGAGCUUAAACAAGUCACUGAGACACAUUGAAAGUCUUGCCAAGGACUACGCUUCUGACUCUGGUUGUUUUGAUGAUGACGACAUUCCAAAUGUAUCAACAGGACUGGAAGCGGGAAAUUUUUCCAUGUUGUCUAUGUUUCUGAACUCUUCCUCAUUUCUGCAAGGGCACGCACUAACCAAGAGCGUGACUCAAAGAAAGAGCAUAGCAUCUGAGAGGGAAGUAAAUGAAAAACAGCUUGAUACGAAACAAAAUACAAGAUCUGAAGAUGAGGUUUCAGUUGCAGCUGAAAAACUCGCUAAUAAGAUUUCUUCUACUGUAGCCAAGAUUGACAAACUGGUGGAGGAUAUGUCCGUCAUGCACACCUCAUCAGAUGACAGCUUCAGUUUAAGCUCCGAAGAUCACUGUAUUGAUUGGAAUUAUGGGUCUGAUGAGCUCCAUGAAGCCCGUGCAAAGUCUAGUUCUCCAUGCAGGCUGUCUGACUGUAGCAGCUUUGUCAAACGAGAAAAUUUAAGCAGAGCACAUGUUCUUUUACGCCUUAAGGCAGCACACACAAGCUUGUCAAAUGACAGUUUGAAUAGUGGAAGCACAAGUGAUGGAUACUGCCCAAAAGAACACAUGAAGCAUUCUGCAAAGGCCACAUUAGCAGAGUAUCAGGAAGAGCUUCAGAAAUACCAAAAAAGGCCGAGUAGACUGGAUCUGAGAAAUGAUAAAAAAGAAAACCAUGAAUUUCUGAACAACAAAGUAAAUGAUUCUAAGGAAGGGCAAAAGGGUGAUUUAGCUCCUGGAGAGAAUAGCAAUAGUCCAGACCCUGAAGGUGCAGAAAGGCAAAACAGUUCAAAGUGCUUAACGGCCACAAAUAUCCACACAAUUAAACUGUCUCCAUCAUAUCAACAUGUUCCCCUGAUACAAGCUUUGGCUAGGAGCACUUUAGCUGCUGGCCUGCAUAAUCCUGAAUAUUCACAAGAACUAAUGCUUAAAAAACAAGCUUGGCUUUCCCCUAAUUCAGCCCCAGUAGAGGAAAAACGUGGCAAAAUCCCUCAGAAUGCAAACACUACUGCACAAGAGUCUGUCCAAAAGUACUCUGUAGAAGAUACCCCAAUAUGUUUUUCAAGGUGUAGCUCUCUUUCCUCCUUGUCAUCUGCUGGUAAUGUUUUGGACGGUCAGAGUCAUAGUGAAAAUGAAAUAGACAGUGACUCUUCACUAGAAAUUAUUGAAGUGGAAGAUGGUCUAGAACAUUCAUUACAAGAAAACGUUAGCAAUGAAGAAGAAGAAGAACUUAUAGCUGUGUCUGCCAAGCCUAAUAAGUCACAACCCAUUGAAAUUCCAUUCCAAAAGCAGGUCAAAGUCUUCCAGCGGGGGAGCUCACCUUCACGGAAUGAGGAUAUGACACCAUCUAGCUCUUCUGAAAAUUACAUUCAGGAGACACCUUUGGUCAUGAGCAGAUGCAGUUCUGUGAGUUCACUUGGAAGCUUUGAAAGCAAGUCUAUUGCCAGCUCAAUUCAGAGUGAUCCAUGCAGUGAGAUGGUAAGUGGAACCAUCAGUCCAAGUGAACUACCAGACAGCCCUGGUCAGACCAUGCCUCCAAGUAGGAGCAAAACACCUUCUGUGGAACUUAGUACUCAUCCAGAGAAAGAAGCCUGCCAGUUUAGCACACAAUGGGAAAAUAGUGUGAAGAAGUUUAUGGAAAUGACAGAUUUUAAAGAGCGGUUUCAGCUCCCUCCAGAUAUUGAUUCUAUGAUCUAUUUCACUGUAGAGAAGCCCAAAGAAAAUUUUUCCUGUGCUUCAAGCCUGAGUGCCCUUCCACUUCAUGAACAUUAUAUCCAGCAAGAUGUGGAACUUAAGCUAAUGCACCCCUUUCAAGAGAAGAACUUGGAUUUUACAGCUCAUAAUCAGGAUGAAAAUGCAGAGGAGCAACAUGUAGACCUUGUUGACAAGGGUGGGAAACAAGAUAUGCCUUCUGAUGAUGACAUUGAGAUACUAAAAGAAUGUAUUAAUUCAGCCAUGCCAUCACGAUUCAGAAAAGGAAAGACAUCAUUGCUACCUAGUCUGUCAGCCCAAGUACUGAAUGCUCAAGCUAAGAAGACUCUUCAGCUGCCCGUUUACAUGCUGAUACCUGCUGUUAGCCAGCAAGGAGCAGUCAAAAAUGUUAGACCUGAUAAGGAUCUUCUCCCAGAUGAUUCAUCUUUUACCGAUUCUCCAGAAGGAACGCCAGUAAAUUUCUCCAGUACAGCAUCACUGAGCGAUGAAACCCUUCAGUAUGCACUCAAAAGUGAAACAGAACUAUCAGAAUGCAGAACCACAAUAAUAGAAAGACACAACCUUGCACCUGUAGAAGAUCAGUGUGUAAGAGAUAUGCAGGUGUCUGUGGGUGUAAGCAAACCUUCAGCAAAAGUAAGCAACACCCAAGCAAUACAUACUGUAAGGAGGGCUGCUUCAAGUCCUGCAAUCCCAGGCAGAGCAACAUCUAGUCAUUGUCAACAGGAGAGGCAUGUUCAGGUAACAAACAUGAAUUAUUUCCAUCAAAGUAAAGCUCAGAUAAUGGACUCUGCAGCUACUAUAAGAAGUCAGAAUACACCAAAGAUCUUUACUAAAUUAGAUUUAUCUUCCAGAACUCAACACAUGAAUAAGUUACCAGGAAAUAAAGGCACCUAUCACAACACAAAUGCUGCCCAUGAGGAAUCUAGCCACAGUAACUUUGCUAUUCAGUCCUUAUGCCAUACUACCCCAACUGAAGAGGCAAUUUAUUGUCUGUGUGAGAAUGACUCCCAUGACCUAGAAAACAUAGACAAAUGUUUACAGAAGGGAAACAUCAGUAGUAAUAGUACACAUAACAAAGGAAGCACUAGAGUGGUCAGACCAGUCUCCAGUCAAACAGAAAAGCUGGCUACAUCCACCAAAAUCAGAAAUCCAGCAAUCAAAUAUAAGUACAAUCUUAUUUUAGAUGAAACACCACCCUGCUACUCCUUAAGUUCAUCUUUAAGUUCUUUAAGUGAUAUGGAUCUGGAAGAAUACAGAGGAAGGACACAGCACUUCAAUAAAAUCAAGAGACAUGCCACUCUGAGCAGGAAACACGACAUAAUGACUACAAAGGGACAACAUGCACAUACAGUCUAUCAAAGAGACAGUUCGGCAAGCUCAGUGAGCAUUAAUUCUGAAGAUGAUAUGGUUCAGAAAUGCGUCAGUUCUGCCAUGUCAAAGCGGAAGAAACACACAGACAGGAGGCGGAAUGUGGAAAGGAAACAGAAGCCAAAGAGCAAUAUUCAGAAAAUUGCAACUGUAAGCAAGACUCACAACUUAGAAAAAGCAAAUAACUUAGCAGAUGAUGUCAUGUCAGACCGAGGUUCAGAGUUAGGCAGUGUAGAAUGGAAUGCGAUCCAAGAAGGUGCAAACUCAGUAGUCACAUGGCUGCAGCAGGCUGCUGCCUCGCUUUCAAGACGGCCAUCCUCAGAGUCAGAUUCUGUUAUGUCUUUUAUGUCAGGUCUGUCUGCUGGAUCUCCUCUUCAUUUUAGCUAUGACAUGAAAGACAAGAAACACACACAAGCAAAUAGGAAGGAGUCAAACAUAAAACAGCUUGCUAACAGAUUCCAAGAAGGAAAGAAAGAAGAAGAAAGUAAGACAUCUGGAAACAGAACUUCACGUGUUACUACAAAUCUUAAUCAGUACAAGCAAAUACCUAACCUACCAGUAGUGUUUAGAGGAAGGACUGUUAUCUAUAUGCCAAGUAUGGUAAAGGACUCUGCUGGCUCCAAACCUACAUUACAGGCAGCAUCUUCUAAGACUAAUAUGCCAUCCAGAAACUCAAUUCAAAGCCAACAGAGGUCACGAAGUUUGCAUAGAUUAGGAAAUGCUGCAGAAAUAUCUGACCUAACACUGCCUAAAAGGAGUGCAACUCCACCGGCACAAAUAAACAAAGGGUCAUCCUCUGGAUCUUCAAGGAGCUCAACACCUUUGAGGCAACCUCAGAAAAAAAUACCUUCACCUCUGCAAUCAGAAAAACAGAUUCCCUGCCAAGGGGUUAAAAAUAUUAACAAUCUUAGUGAAAAGAAGCCCACAUUUGCUGUGUCAUCAGCUACAAAAAUGACUAACAAGAAUACUGCUCCUAAAAAUAAAACUCAGAAGUCUCCAGUUCGAAUUCCAUUUAUGCAGACACAAACCAGAAAAGUAGUUAUGCCACAAAAUCCUUUGUCUGUGCAAAAUACAGCAGGUGCACAGAAGCAAACUUUGCCUAGCAGAAGGCUUUUACAGGAGAGGCUUGGCCUAGUGAGGAUGUCUUCAUCAAGAUCGAGUGGCAGUGAGUCUGACAAAUCUGGCUUCCUACGACAGCUGACAUUUAUCAAAGAACCCUCAAGCCUCAUUAUGAGACAAAGAUCAGAAAUUUCUUCAUCAGAGUCUGUGUCAUCACUAUCACAAUCUGUAUCUCCCAGGAAAAGCAAAUCAGAUCUUCCAGCAGUUUUCUUAUGUUCCUCACGGUGUCAGGAACUGAAAGCUAUGCGACCAGCAACAUCUGUCCAGAAUAUACCUGCUUCAAGAUCACCACCUAUCAGCAGAACUGUAGGAAGUGAGAGGCCUCCUAGGAGAACAAAUUCUGAAAGCCCUUCUAGGCUACCUGUUAAAGGCAAUCCCUUGCAGCAGGAGACCUUCAAGAGGUAUUCGUCUUCACCUCACAUCAGUAUAAUAAGGAAUGCAAGCAGUCCUCCUUCCAUUCCAACUUCUCCUUUCAAAUCUCCUGGGAGAAGCAGGAGCCAGGAGGAAACCAAGCCAGCACAAAAAUCUACCACUCAGCAACAGUCACAACAGACAAAUAUAAAAGGAACUUGGAAAAGGAUUAAAGAUGAAGAUGUCCCACAUAUCCUGAAAAGCACUCUGCCGCCAUCAGCACUGCCGUUAGUGAAUGCCCCUAAACUGGAAAAUGGUCUCAAAGUAACACAGAGCAGUAUUCAGAGGAAAACAAGUGAUGCAGUAGUGCAAACUGAAGACUUCCCCACAACUAAAAUGAAUUCAAGCACAUCGCCGACACUUGAAAGCAGUCAGCUUCUUUUGGAAGGAAUUUCUAAGGAUACACUACAGCGAAAGGUCAGCAGUGCAACUGACAUGGGGCCUUAUACUGGUAACCAUGUGGAAGGAAGUAUAGGUGUGAUUAGCACAAGUCCAUCUGUGGCAAAUGAAAGCCAUUCUGGGGGUGUUGGACAUUUCAGUCCCAGUCGACAUGGGUCACCAAGCAAGGCAGUGCGGGUGACACCCUUUAACUAUGUACCAAGCCCCAUGGUAGCAUCUUCUCAAAUUCAGACUUCAGUGGUGAAUGAGAAGACAACUGAAAAGUUGCAGACCUAAGUUCAAAGGUAGAAACACCAAAAAGAAAAAAAAAAUCAAUGUGCAGACUGGUAUUCUGGCAUUUUUUUGUGUUGACCUUAUUUCUGCCACAGAUUGCCAGAGAAAAUUAAACAUUUGACCUCAUCACUAAUUAAUGUAAGCAGACAGUCUUUUUAUAUCAGCAUGGAGCUUAUAUGCUGUGGUAAAACUAUAAUCUUACACAACAAACUCAGAUUUGGCAGACGACCCAUUUUGACUUGUUAUUCUGUUGUGUAUACACACGGACUACAAAGAAGGUAAAAUACACAACAGAAGUAUUAGGAGCAAAGAAGUCUCAUGACUGCCUUGUACAAAUACAGGCCAAAGGGUAGGUGGUAGACACACACCUAUAAGAAGCAUUAUAACCAAGCGACUGCUGAAAUCUGCUUUAACUAUUCCUCAGGCACUGUAUUACACUCCACACAGCUUACAUUAUUCCACCUCUAAAUACAUAGUACAUUUUCUGAAACAAGGGGACCACAUGUUAAUGUGGUGUGUGUCAGGGGAGACAACUGGGCGGACUUGAAUUAUCUCACCAAAUUUUGCCUUUUUGUAUGUAUCCGCAUAGUUUAAUCCAAGCACAGCUGUAAAAUGAAAAGCUUAGGAGGAAAACAAAUUAUUUAAAAUUUACUGUCACCACUGGAAUACUGUAUAUUUCUAAAAGUGUACCUGUUUUGAUAUUCAUUUCCAUAUAGUGGAAGGCGUCAUGUUAUGCACCCAUGAUGUCAUGGAGUGGCACAGUACUGCUGUUAAGUCACAGGGCUGCAACCACGGGACACAGCUGAUGCAUUGUGCCACCUGACAUGAUAGGUAAAAGCCACUCACCUGCAACUUGCCUAUAUGUCAAGCUAAGCCUUAAUUUUGGAUGUGAACUGCAUGCCUUGUACUUCCUUGACUCUGUUUGCCAGAUGUACUUUAACUAUUAACUGCAGUAUAAAAUACUGUCAGAAGAAGCAGAUGAACUUGAGAAAAAAGAUGAAUGAAAAUGGAGCAGUUUAGGUAAUGAGAAAAAAAUAAGUCAAUUGGCAAUAUCUCCAGGAAAGGGUUUAAGGUUUGUAAUUAUCCGAACCUGAUCACUAUAAUCACAAAAUCUGAAAGAAGAGAAUAAAUGGUAUCUGCUGCAAUGUCUGGCAACAUUCCAACAUAGCACUAGCUCCAGCUGUGCAUUUUCAAUGAGAAUCUUCAGAUUUCCUUCAUUAGCUACAGUGCUCCCCCUACUGGAACCAAUAUGCUUAACACGUUAAACUUAAACAUUGCGAAGGGUAUAGGCAGAGAGCUGCUGAUUUUUAACUAUAUAAUCAAGUAUUUGAUACAUACCCUUCUAAAUUAUUUUGCUGGUUUGCACUAUACACAGUAGCUAGUAUAAGAAUAAUAAUCAAUAUAAGAAGUGAGCCCUUGCUUCAAGAAGUGAUUAAGGGAUGUAAAGAUAUUUUACAUUUUGACUGAUAAAGUAAAUUACUUUUGGCAUCUGCAGAACUAAAACUUAGAUUUGUUUUAAAACAAGGGAAUCAGUGUACUCGGUUCCUUUCAGAGUGAAGAGAUUGUGAUUUUUUUAAAUUAUCUACUUCCUUUCCAAGCACAUUCAUCUUUUUCUGGACAUGUUCUGUUUAAGCCUGCCCCCCCCCCCCCUAGAUUCAAAUAAUACACAGGACACAUCUAUGCUUUUUCCCCUCUGUGAACAGUAAAGGGAAUCCUUUACAUAGAGUAGGAUCUCACAUCAUUAUAUUUAAGGACUUGAGAAUAUUGAAGACCCAGACUGCCCCAGGAACAGACAUGGGAUUAACCUGGCCAUUCAGUACAGCAUUAGCCUGACUCUUACAAGGUUGCAUACUAUGUACGAGGCAAGGGCAUGUCCAAACAUAAACCAUGUAUGUCACAGCAAAUAACUGUCAGGGAAUUAUUUUUCCUUUUUUUGCACUAUAAGAUGUGCUAUAUUUUUUGCCUGGUUAGCUAAAUGUUUUUCCCCCUUCUAUUCCUGUUUUUUUUUUUUUUUUUUUUGCUAAGUGAAUUUUAGAGUUUUUUUUUUCAGCAUUGAACAGGUAUGCCACCCUGGAACAUGCAAUAUCUGGGUUUGAUAGGGGAAGGCUACAUUUUAGAAGAUGGAGUAUAAGCUGAUGUACAAGUCCACAAAUCGGAGCUACCCCGCAAUAAGGAAGGAGGGAAUGCCAUGAACCAGCUGUUAGGCUGAGUGUACCAUAAGAACCAUUCUCUGGCUUAAGUAAGGAGAAACUUCUGUAUGAAUCUGUAUUUGGCCAGAAGAAGUACUGCAACCAGGGUCCAGUGUUAGCAUGAAUUCCACAUGUUAACAUGUCAGGAUAUCAAAAUAUCCAUUGUCCAGAAAUAGGAGUAGCAGAGCUGUGAAUUUUAGUUACCCAUGCAUCCAAGCAUAUAUGUGUGUAUAUAUGUAUACAUAGUGCCUAUGAAUGUCUGCAACAUGCCAUAUACCAACAAUGGCAAAAAAUAUAGGAAUGAAAUGGGAAAAAAGCACCCUGAAUCAUACAACAUGCCUACUCUGCAAGCUGGCCUGCCACACAUUAAAGCUUGCGCCAUUUGUAACUCUGCACUUAAAGUUCACAGGACAUUAGACUACAAAAAGGUAAAAGUUCAGAAAACUGGGAAAAGUAAGAUCUUCUGUACUUGUGUUCUUCUCUGGUAUGUGUGCAGUUUUUGUGUCACCACUUUACCACACAACACAUCUCUGCAGCAAAUGACAGCCUUUUAAUUUACUUGCAAGAGAGGCAGUAUCUACUGUCUUUAGUCUGCACUCAAAGCUGAUAUGAUAUGGCAGUAUCCUUUGCUUGGCCUAAGUUUAAAAAAAAAAACAUGAUCGCUGCCAAGCUUAGGUUGCUGGUGAAUGUUAAGGUAGUGCACUAAAGGAAUUUAAUGGAUGCAAACUGUUAGCCCACAUUGUCCAUUAGUUGCUUUUAUCUACCCUGACCUGAUGCUAUACUCUACAUUUCUAACAUCAGAAGUAACCCACAAGUGGCAGGCAGUGAUACCGCCAAGCCCAAGAAUGACUUUACAGCGGGUUUAAGUACAAAGAUUGGUUCCUUGGCCAGUAAAUGCAUAACUUUAUUAGUAAUAAGAAUUCAAUAAAAUAUUAACUGCU